CGCCUACCAGGAAACUAAAGCAAAAGUCAAAGAAUGCUCGCAAGAGCUAGAUGUUCAUCCUGUCGUUAGACGCUGGGGAUGGGUAGAGGGAAGAUCGUUUAGAAGUUUUAGAGGAGAAAAAGUUUUCUCUUAAAAUAGGUCGGAUUGGCCUAGCCCUACUAGCUGGCUGGGCUCCAGAGGGGCGGAUCAGAGGCAAAGGCCACCAGGGAGGAGAGCCCCAGGACACGGGGCAUGAGCAGAGUUGAGAGCAGUGCAACUUGGAGGAGGAGGAGGAGGAGUUGGGAGUAGGAGUAGGAGGCAGGAGUGCAGGCGGCGGCGGCUGCAGCCAUGGGGCUCCGCGCUGCUCUGUUCGAUCUUGGCGGAGUACUAGUGCAUCCCUCCAUGAACAUCAUCUUCAGCCAAGCCGAGGAAGCCUUGGCUUUGCCCAGGGGCUUUUUAAAUAAAGUUAUCACUCAAGGAGGCCUUGAGAGUCCCUACGUGCACCUCAUAAAAGGAGAGAUCACAUUUUCACAGUGGGUUCCUCUCAUGGAAGAAGAUUGUAGGAAACUUUCUGUAGCCUCCAACUUCUGCCUCCCAGAGCAAUUCUCUCUACAGAAAAUCUUUGAAGAUAUGAUUUCAGAAGGAAAGAUCAAUUACCCUAUGCUGCGAGCUGCCAUCACUUUGAGAAAUAAGGGAUAUAAAACCUGUAUCCUUACCAACAACUGGCUGGAUGAUGGCCUCCAGAGAAAUGUUAUUGCUCAGUUGAUGUGUACCCUAAGCAAGCACUUUGACCUAGUUAUAGAAUCAUGCCGAAUUGGAAUGGUCAAGCCAGACCCAGAGAUUUAUAAGUUUGCCCUGGAGGCUUUGAAGGUGGCCCCACAUGAGGCUGUUUUCUUAGAUGAUACUGGGGCCAAUCUCAAGAAAGCUCGUGAACUAGGAAUGGUCACCAUUCUUGCCCAAGAUACUGACAUGGCUCUGAAGGAACUAGAAAAAUCAACUGGUGUUCAGUUUCCCAACCACGAUAUGGAACGGCCUAUAGCAGUACAUCCAAGCAAUAUUGCCCACGGAUAUGUUGAAGUCAAGCCUGGGGUCCAGCUGCAUUUUGUGGAGAAAGGGUCUGGCCCUGUUGUGUGUCUCUUCCAUGGCUUCCCUGAAUUCUGGUAUUCCUGGAAGUGUCAGAUCCCUGUUCUAGUAGAAGCAGGCUUCCGGGUUAUUGCUCUGGAUUUGAAAGGUUUUGGAGAUUCUUCUGCCCCCUACGAAAUAGAAGAAUAUUCCCAGGAAGUCAUAUGUAAGGAGUUGAUUACUUUCCUGGAUAAAUUGGACAUUUCCCAAGCAAUAUGUAUUGGCCAUGACUGGGGUGGUCUCCUGGUGUGGAACAUGGCUAUCUUCUAUCCAGAGAGAGUAAGGGCAGUGGCCAGUGUGAAUUCACCCUUCUUUCCACCAGAUCCAGUUGUGCCCCUUAAAGAGAAGUUAAAAAAGAACCCAGUCUUCAAUUACCAGUUCUACUUCCAAAAACCAGGAGUAGCAGAAGCUGAACUGGAGCAGGACCUGACCCGGACAUUCAAAAUCUUGUUCCGAGCAAGUGAUGAGAGAAAGGAUACCAUAAUUACAAACAACGAUGAAAAUGGAAUUCUGAAAAAAAUCGAGAAUCCUUUUCUGAGUUGGAUGCUAACAGAGGAGGAUAUCAACUACUAUGUGCAGCAGUACAAGAAGUCUGGCUUCAGGGGUCCCUUAAACUGGUAUCGGAACCAUGAUGCAAAUUGGCGGUGGAGCUGCAUGGCAACCAAAAGGAAGAUCUUGGUUCCAGCCCUGAUGGUCAUAGCUGAAAAUGAUGUGGUUUUAAGUCCAAAGCUAAGUGAGAACAUGGAAAAGUGGAUCCCCCAUUUGAAAAGGGCAUAUAUUAAGAACUGUGGACACUGGACUCAGUUGGAAAGGCCAAGAGAAUUGAAUCAGAUACUCAUUGAGUGGCUGAAAGAUGUGACCAAGACUCCUUCAAUGGUCUCUCUUCUCUAAUCUGGAGUGUGUGUGUCUGUCUGUGUGUGUGUGAAGUCAUUACAUAUCAAAUAUAUCAAAUGAUCUACUCUCUUUAACACAGCAUUAGAAGAGGCUGGUGGGUUGUGCCAGAAAAGCAAUUGAGUCUCCUCCUCUUGUUAUAGCACACACCAGAAAUUAGGACUUCAGUUCUGGGAGAAAAAAAAAAGGGAUGGGAGCAAACUCAUGCAUUAUUAGAGUAUUGGACAUUCAAAUUUAGUGAGAAAAGAUAGGUAGUUACUUAAAUCACUCUCAUUAAUACUCUUCCUUAUGAUAUUAAUUAAAAUUUAGGUAAUAAUGAUUAAAUAAUAAUAAUUUAAUUUUAUAAGUCAGAUUGAGAGUCAUCUUUCAUUCCUGUACCCAGAAGUCAGAAAGUGCUGGAUUCUAAUUCUGGCUUAUUAACUGAAUGACCUUGGGAAAAUUAUUCAACCUUUAUGAACUUCAUCCAGUGAGAGACUUAGACUCGAUGAUCUCUCUUGUUCUCUAUAAUAAAUAUAUUAAGGCAGAAAAUUUUAAAUGGGGUGAAAUUUGUAGGAUUAGGAAGCCACUAAGUGAGCAAGGUCUCCUGAGUAGUGUUAAGGUAUAAAACCUGGGGGAGGUAAAUCUGGGGUUUCUACUUUGAUUAAGUGUUUAAUGAUGUUACCAACUAAUUUGUUAUCAUGAUCAUUGUACACUAUUAUCAUGUUAUCAUACAAUGUUAUCACAGUGUCAUAAAAUUUCUAAAAAUA